AUGCCGCGACCUUUUGAACGUAGGAGCAAAGAGGCUCCCAUGGACUAUACCUAUGACAGCGCCGAUCGUAACGUUUAUGCUCCAGGUAGUCCAUUUGUAACAUCAAUAGCAUCCAGCUCACGGAGCCCCUCUUUCCCCACACCACAACCUGGAUACAACCAGCCUUCGUUUGCCGGAGGAUUUGCUGGUGCAGCUGGUAGCUGGAAUCCACGGUCCAAUGCGAUGCCUGAGCCAGAGAUCGCAGACGUUACUAUGGAGAGCAUCGAUCCAUCCUCUCCGAAAAAAAUAAAAUCGGCCCCAAGCAGCCCUCAAAAGGCGCAGGUUACCAAUUAUGGGUCAGAGUUGGAUGAAGGUACACUUGCCCCCUUGCCCGUUGUCAAGGCCCGAAAGCAACCUUAUCAAGUAAGGAGGCGUCCCAGACGAGCUACGAGUGCACCUGUAGACGAGGGAAGCGAGUCUGAAGCAUCAGCGGAGGAGGAUAGGUAUGCUGGGCCUCGAAUGUUGUCAAAUCACUACACGAUGCAUGUCAAUGCACCAAGUGCUCCAGUUCAGGCUACAUCUCCCUAUGCUCCUCACAUACUCCUCGGAUACGUGAGAGUCAUAUUCAACACUUCACUGAUCCUUGGCUUCUUGUAUAUUCUCGUGAUCAUCAUUGUGACCGUUCGUCGUGAUAUUGAGGACAAUAUUUCGGUUUACAUGGGAGAAAAUGCCGCCCAAAUCACACAGUGCACCAGUCAGUUUACUCUCAACAAGUGUGAGAAGGAAGAUGAAAGAGUACCACACAUGAAACAAUUCUGUGACGAAUGGGCGAGAUGCAUGAAACGGGAUGCGAGUAUCGUUGGGCGUACUCGCAUCGCUGCAGAAACAUUAGCGGAAGUGGUAAACGGAUUUGUAGAACCAAUCACAUGGAAGACGCUGGGUUUCAGCGUCUCGACACUGGCUUUCCUAGUCCUAUUUAUUAACGUCUCUGCUUCAUGGAUGCGCCCCGCACCACCACCACACCAGCCGGAAUACCAGGCUCCGCCUUACCCAUAUCAUGCGCCCUACGCCGUAAUGCCGCCAGAAUGGGGGAGUGCAGGAUGGAAUGAAGGACAAGGAGAUUCGGGGCCUAAAAUGAUUCGUGCCUCUUCGGAAGUACCUGGGCAACGGAGGAGCCACACACGUCUCUUCGAGCCCUGGCUGCGCCUACGUGCACAUUGCAUACACACCUCUUUCCACCACACCUCCCUUACUCGAGCAGCUACCAUGGCCGGAGAACUUGAGACACUUCCCCCAACAUUAGAGAAUGUACUGGACCAAAAGACGUUGAAAUGGAUAUUUUGCGGUGGAAAGGGUGGUGUCGGAAAGACGACCACCAGUUGCUCGCUUGCGAUCCAGUUGGCCGCAGUUAGGGAGUCGGUACUCUUAAUCUCCACCGAUCCAGCCCAUAAUCUAUCAGAUGCAUUCGGCCAAAAGUUCUCUAAAGAGGCUACCAAGGUCAAUGGCUUUGACAACCUGUACGCAAUGGAACUUGACCCUACAAGUUCUAUACAAGAAAUGAUCGAACAGUCGGACAAUCAGGGCGCAAUGGGCUCCAUGAUGCAAGACCUGGCGUUCGCGAUUCCGGGCGUGGACGAAGCGAUGGGUUUCGCGGAGAUCAUGAAACACGUCAAAUCAAUGGAAUACUCGGUCAUCGUUUUCGAUACCGCACCGACGGGCCACACUCUCCGCUUCCUAUCUUUCCCCUCCGUUCUAGAAAAGGCACUGGGUAAAAUUUCGUCCCUGUCCGGUCGAUUCGGACCUAUGCUCCAGCAGGUAUCCGCAAUGAUGGGCGGGCCGGGCGCAGGGCAGCAGGAAGACAUGUUUGCCAAAUUGGAUGGUAUGAGGGCCAUUAUCACCGAGGUCAACCAGCAAUUUAAAGAUCCUGAAAAAACCACGUUUGUCUGCGUGUGCAUUUCUGAAUUCUUGUCGCUUUAUGAGACGGAGCGACUUGUCCAGGAGCUAACCACAUAUGGUAUUGACACGCAUAACAUUGUGGUGAAUCAAUUGCUCUUCCCGAAGAAAACAUCGGACUGCGAGCACUGCAAUGUGCGAUACAAUAUGCAGCAAAAAUAUCUUGCCGAAGCGCAUGAACUUUACGAUGAAUUCUUUCAUAUCAUCACCCUCCCACUUCUGACCGAAGAAGUCAGAGGGCCUGAGAAACUCAAGUCAUUCUCAAAGAUGCUCGUGGAACCCUAUGUGCCCGUCCAGUAG